ACCGCGCGCUUUAUGGCAAACGAUACACUCGGCUCAUCCGGUUACACGAUCAUUAGUUUUUUGAAAAUACAAUUUUCAAAAUUUAGCGUUAAAAAUAACUACGGCAAAGUCUCCAUGACACUGGGUAUUUUGUACAACACGAACAGUCGUUACACAUGAGGACAAUCCUCGUACUCAAAGCUAAUGCACUUUAUCUCGCUGCCCCUUAACCAGGAAGUCUUUUUUUAUUAUUAUUAUCAUCUGUAGUCUGUUAUCUUAUCUUAGCUUUGGUUUACACUUGUCAACAUUAACACACAAUGGAGGACAUGUACGUCAAACCAGGUAACCAGGAACGAGGAUGGAACGACCCCCCUCAGUUCUCCUACGGCCUCCAGACAGCCCACACGCCCCAGAGGAACCUCCUCAACAAGAGGCCUGCGAUGCCUGUAGACGCAGCGGCGCCGUUCAAGACUCCUCAUCCCUGUGCCUCCGGUCCAUUGCCGUGUGGCGUGGCCCCGCCUCCCGCAGGGCGUGCGCCCGAAUGGAAGGUCACACCUCCCGCGGCCGGCGCGGGGGAAAAGAGGAUUGAGGGUGACGAGGACUGCGGCCAGUUGGAGGCGGAGCCCGACGUGGAGGGAGUGGAGGAGAUUCUGGAGGGAGCGCUAGCCGCAUGCAGGCGGGACGUCGCGCCCCAAGUGUGCAACGAUGUGGAAAAGAGACUCCGCCUCUUUAAGGACAGCUGGACAUCUGGACGACUGAGUCUCGCCGUGCGGAAACGCAUGAGCGCCUUGUCGCGAGAAAUGCAAGCGGGACGCUGGGACCAGGCCGACGAGAUUCACCGCUCCCUGAUGGUGGAUCACGUGACCGAGGUCAGCCAAUGGAUGGUCGGCGUCAAGCGACUGAUUGCCGAGACCCGCAAGCUCUGCCCCGAAACGUUGGACAGCGGUGACGCCUGUCAGUCGUGACCUUUGAAUGUUUUCACUCAGGCGGCCGCUCGCAAAGUCAAGGUAGACAAAGUUAAAAGUAAAGAAUGGGAGGGAGGGGUUGUUGCCAUAGCAACCACCCAGCAACCACCAUUCUCCUGUACUGGCUCACCAAUCAGACUGCUUCAACACCAGCAAAGAUAUGUUUUUUCUUUUCUGGAUGUUUGACCUGAAGAUAAUAAAAAAUUUACACGAUGA